AUGUCGUCCCCUUCGCAUCGGCGACAGAGAUCCUCCCAAUCUGCCACUACGCGUAGAGCAUCUCAACGCAAUGCGAUACCCAGCAGCCCUCCAGAUCCAGCAGCUGCCCAGCUGCACAGUGAAGCGGCUGGAUCGCAAGAUAGCCCUCGCCGUGGUGCGCCCUCUUCAUCGCCCAUGAACUAUCGAUCCUCCCCUGCUGCUGUCGCGCGUUCGAACGCAGAGAGAGAUGUCAGUUCUCCUCUGAGGCAGAUGACGAAUACGCAGUCGACGCAGCAAGAUGGUGAUCGAACUCCACGAGCCAGCGGCCUCAUUGGCGAAUCUUCUCCCAUCAGAUAUGAACCGAGUUCCAGCCCAGGAAAUGGCUUCACAAGCCGGCAACAAUCUCUCCAACCCGACCUUCGUAGCGAGAGCUCCGGUCUCUUCGUUCGCUCUUCCCGAUCUCUCGGUCCUGGAUCUGCUGUAAACAACUCGCGACGCGGAGAUAUUAAUUCAGACAACGUCAACACUCCUCGCGCUAGACGUCGCAUCUUCAUGGAUGAAAAUGGCAGAGUUAUUCGCGAUAUGCCUGCUGAAGCCUCCGAAGCGCCCACCUUCUCUAACAUGGAUCCGACUACUUCCGAUGCUCAGGCUAUGGGUGGAAACUCCACUCUCUGUAUAUGGGGAACCAAUGUCUCGAUCAACGACACACUCUCAACUUUCAAGAGUUUUCUUCGGGAAUUCACCAAGAAAUAUCGCAUGUGGGCGGAUGGCAUGUCGGAGGAUGAAACAAACGAAGACGACGACGCUAACAGCAAAGAGUACUUGGAGAUGAUGCAAAAUAUGUUAACACUGGGUGUUACAAGUCUCAAUCUAGAUUUCCGUAACCUGAAGGCGUAUCCACCAACCAAGAAGCUCUGGCAGCAAGCACAGGAUUACCCUCAAGAUAUUGUCACACUCAUGGAUCAGGGCAUCAAAGAUGUCAUGUACGAGAUUGCUGAAGCCAAGAUGACCGAGCAGAGACAAUCUCAAAGCUCGGCUGGACAAGCCUCCCAGCGCAGUCGAGUCUUGAGCUCCGAACCUCCUGUUCCAAGUUCUGAACGAAGUGAGCAGGAGCCAUCAACACCACGCCCCCAAGAUUCGAAUGAGGUUGAUUGGUGCCAAGAGGUCCAAAAGAGACAGUACAGGGUUCGGCCUUUUGGCCUUGAUGAUACUAUCAACAUGAGAGAACUAAAUCCGUCUGAUGUCGACAAGAUUGUGGCUAUUAAAGGCCUCGUUAUUCGAACUACCCCCAUCAUCCCCGAUAUGAGAGAUGCUUUCUUCCGAUGUUCCGUCUGUAAUCAUACAGUCAAGGUCGACAUCGACCGUGGCAAGAUCGCCGAGCCCACCAAAUGCCCUCGCCCUAUCUGCGACUCUUUAAACUCUAUGCAGAUUGUCCACAACCGCUCUGGAUUUAUGGAUAAGCAGGUCAUCAAACUUCAAGAAACACCAGACUCGGUCCCUGCAGGUCAAACUCCCCAUUCUGUCUCAAUGUGCGCAUAUGAUGAAUUGGUAGACCUUUGCAAGGCUGGUGAUCGAGUGGAGAUUACUGGUAUUUUCAAAGCCAGUCCCGUUCGUGUCAACCCUCGCCAACGCACCCUGAAAAGCAUCUACAAGACCUACAUCGAUGUCUUACACAUCCAAAAGGUCGAUAAGAAACGUAUGGGAAUUGAUGUUUCGACGGUUGAACAGGAACUGUCCGACCAGCUUACCGGCAACAUUGAGGAGACUCGUAAAGUCAGUGAAGAAGAAGAGGAAAAGAUCAAGGCUACUGCAACACGACCUGACAUCUAUGAGCUCCUUUCACGAUCGCUAGCCCCGAGUAUUUUUGAAAUGGACGACGUCAAGAAGGGUAUUUUGCUACAACUGUUUGGUGGAACAAACAAGUCAUUCGAAAAAGGAGGGAGCCCAAAGUACAGAGGAGACAUUAAUAUCCUGAUGUGUGGUGAUCCUUCUACGGCGAAGUCUCAGCUCCUGCAAUAUGUUCACAAGAUUGCUCCCAGAGGUGUCUACACCAGCGGCAAAGGAUCUUCUGCUGUUGGUUUGACCGCCUAUGUCACUCGUGAUCCCGAAACUCGUCAACUGGUCCUCGAGUCUGGUGCUCUUGUUCUGUCUGAUGGUGGUGUCUGCUGUAUUGAUGAGUUCGACAAGAUGUCGGAUGCCACUCGAUCCGUCCUUCACGAAGUGAUGGAACAACAAACGGUCUCUAUCGCCAAAGCUGGUAUCAUUACGACCUUGAAUGCUCGAACGAGUAUUCUUGCUUCCGCUAAUCCUAUUGGAAGCAAGUAUAACCCAAACCUGCCUGUUCCCCAGAACAUUGAUCUUCCACCUACAUUAGUGUCUAGAUUUGAUUUAGUUUACCUUAUCCUUGAUCGUGUCGAUGAGACAAAUGAUCGACGAUUGGCCAGGCAUCUGCUCAGUAUGUACUUAGACGACAAGCCGCAAAGUGCAUCUGGAACAUUGGAGAUUCUCCCUAUCGAGUUCCUCACCUCUUAUAUCUCUUACGCUCGUACCAAAUGCCAACCCCGCAUCAGCCCCGAGGCGUCUAAAGAGCUCGUGGCCGCCUAUGUCGAGAUGCGUAAACUUGGCGAAGACGUCCGCGCUGCUGAACGCCGCAUUACUGCUACAACUAGACAGCUGGAAUCCAUGAUCCGGCUCGCUGAAGCACACGCCAAGAUGCGACUUUCCGAGAUAGUCACGGCCGACGAUGUUAAGGAAGCCGUGCGCUUGAUCAAGAGUGCUCUCAAGCAAACGGCUACGGAUGCCAGAACUGGCCUAAUUGAUAUGAGUCUGCUGACGGAGGGCACGAGCGCAAGCGAGAGGAGACGCAAGGGGGACCUGAAGACUGCUGUUCUUACGCUGCUAGACGAAAUGACUCGUCAAGGACAAAAUGCCAGAUAUUCCGAAGUCCUCAGGAGAAUGGGAGAACAGAGUAGCGUAUCUAUAGAUGCGCCUGAAUUUGCCGAGGUGGUCAGGGCUUUGGAGCAGGAAGGUGCGGUUAUGGUGCUUGGCGAAGGAGCCAGGAAGGCGAUUCGGCGGGUUACGGGCGUAGCAUGA